AAAAGACAUUGGACUCUGUCUGAUUUCAGACGCAGAGUGCGGCGAGUGAUUUUUGAAGAGCAUUCCGCUCUUAGCUAUGGAGUGUUCGAAUUUUCGAUUGAAUCGAACGUUGUAAUUGUAAUGUUUUAGUUCCCGUGACGAGCGUCCUCCCUCAUCGGAGCUAAAAAGGUCGCCCCUUUUUUACUUUCUUCGUUCCUUUUCUGUGACAAAAUCGUCGGAAUCCAUUGAAGUUCUUUCCAAAAUGGCAGUGAAUCUUUCCACGAUCCAUACCCUCUUCGUUCUUCUCUCGUUAUGGGUUACUUCAUCGAUAUCUUCGCCUUCACCGGAGAUUCAAGGCGAUUCUCUCCCCUUCAUAUGGCCGUUGCCGGCCGAAUUCUCCUCCGGCGACGAGACCCUCUCGGUGGAUCCCGCCAUCUCGCUGAUCGCCGCCGGGAAUGGUGGAAAUUCGCCGAUUGUCAAGGCCGCGUUCGGUAGAUACGUGGGGAUAAUAUUCAAGCACGUUGUGGAUAGAGCUGGGAGAAGUAGAUUUUUUAGAGGAGCUCACUAUGAUAUCACUUCUCUGAAGAUCGUGGUUCACUCGGAUAGUGAAGAGUUGCAAUUGGGUGUAGAUGAGGGCUACACAUUGAUGGUGUCGAAGAACAAUUAUCAAUCUAUUGUAGGAGGAGCUACAAUUGAGGCAAAUACAGUUUAUGGUGCCCUCAGAGGAUUGGAGACAUUUAGCCAGUUGUGUGCCUUUGAUUAUCUGACCAAAUCUGUUCAAAUAUAUAAAGCACCCUGGUAUAUACAAGACCAACCAAGAUUCAAAUACCGUGGCCUUCUUAUAGAUACUUCGAGACAUUUUUUGCCGCUUGAUGUUAUUAAGCAGAUAAUUGAGUCCAUGUCCUUCGCUAAAUUUAACGUACUGCACUGGCACAUCGUGGAUGAGGAGUCGUUUCCUGUUGAAACACCCACAUACCCAAAUUUGUGGAAAGGAGCUUAUUCGAAAUGGGAAAAGUAUACUGUCGAGGAUGCAUACGAAAUUGUCAGGUUUGCUAAAAUGAGAGGCAUCAAUGUCAUGGCUGAAAUAGAUGUCCCUGGUCAUGCAGAAUCGUGGGGAACUGGAUAUCCCGAUCUCUGGCCUUCUCCUUCUUGCCGCGAGCCUCUGGAUGUCUCCAAGAACUUUACAUUUGAUGUGAUUUCUGGCAUUUUGGGAGAUCUGAGGAAGAUAUUCCCAUUUGAGCUUUUCCACUUGGGUGGUGAUGAAGUCAAUACAGAUUGCUGGAAAAACACAACUCAUGUGAAUGAAUGGCUGCGGUAUCGUAAUAUUACAACUAAGGACGCUUAUGAGUACUUUGUACUCCGAGCUCAACAGAUAGCAAUUUCGAAGAAUUGGACUCCCGUCAACUGGGAAGAAACCUUCAAAUCGUUCGGAGACAAACUUGAUCCUCGAACCGUUGUACACAACUGGCUAGAGAACGAUAUUUGUCCGAAGGCGGUGGCGAAAGGGUUCAGAUGUAUCUUUAGUUACUCGGGAUAUUGGUACCUCGAUCAUCUAGACGUGCCAUGGGAUGCAGUUUACAGGACAGAGCCCCUCAAAGGAAUCAACGAUACUUCGCUCGAAAAACUCGUGAUCGGAGGAGAAGUCUGCAUGUGGGGCGAAACAGCUGAUUCCUCCGACGUUCUUCAGACGAUUUGGCCCCGGGCUGCAGCUGCUGCAGAGAGGUUGUGGAGCAAGAGGGAAGCUGUCUCGAAGGGGAACAUAACGUUAACCGCUUUGCCGCGGUUGCAUUACUUCAGGUGCCUACUGAACCAACGCGGCGUCCCAGCCGCUCCUGUGGACAACAAGUAUGGACGGAGACCACCGUCCGGUCCCGGCUCUUGCUACGUUCAGUGAUCCAUCAAUCUUAUCUUCCUCGUUCUUAUCAUAUUGCCUGUGUCCGUACCCUCCAUGUGAAGAAUGUCGUCUUGUCUGAACCGGAAGUGGUUUUAUGGGAUAUUGUCCCUUUGCUUUCAUGUUGGCUUCUGAACUGCGUUCUCUUUUCGCGAUAAGUGAUUGGUUUAAUUUGAUUAUUUCAGAUCUGAUUUGGUUA